GCUGCGUUGUAGCAGCAGCACACUUGCGAAGACACUGAAAAUAAUGGUUGUGUUAAGUUGCCACCAACCAAAUCAUUUUGCAAUAUAAGUCAAAGGCCAAGAUCGAAAGCGGUAUGAUAUAUUAGGUAAUAUUUGUUGCUCUGUAGACUUGGUUCCGCCUUUAUUUGGAUCGCUUGUACUCUGAAAUGCUUUUGGGGGCUUAAAUAUUGACUGUAGCCACAAAGAUAAUACCUGCAUCAGUGGUUGAGAAUAGCCAAGGGUAUUGGGGGUCACAGAGGUAAAAUCUUAUAAUUAGGUACGUUUUACAGUCCUGUUAUUUUUUCUCGAAUUUGUUAUGAAUGAUAUGUAAAUUAUGAGUGUCUCAUCUGGGCUCCCAGCUGUGUGUUACAGUGUUUGUGAUAAUGCAUACAUCGAAGCGAUCAAAACUGGCAGGACACCAGAAUUGUGCUUAUCCACUUCACCGUUCGUCUCUGAUUACGAUUCUUGCACGGCGUGCGUUAAAGCGAAUAGCGCAGAUUCAGCUGUGACGAUCAAAAAUUCUUUGGAACCUAAAUUUGGACAAUUUCUUCAAUAUUGUGCGUUACUGAAUGCAUCCUCGAUAGCAUCGAGUACAGCAGAGAGUACGACAGUUGCGACAACCUUCAGUGUCGCCUCCUCAUUACUUUCCUCGCUCCCAAACUUCACGACUACUCUUUCGAGUUCUACCUCCACUCCUUCGGGGUCACCAUAUACAACCAUCACAGCAACCAAUACCCAAGGUAUCUCAUUGUUCGACGGAACCACAACUACCCUCACAUUUUCUAAUGUAAUAACAUUAUGGGCCCAAGCAAGUUCCACUUUGUCCCCCUCACCAGCAAAUUCACAAUCUAAAUUGGCACCUGGCCAUGCUCAAUUUAACGGUGUAGUUUUUGGGUCCAUUUUUGGCGGGCUGUCGAUCAUAGCCUUUGGUAUGAUCUACUGGAAGUUUUGGAGACACUGGCAUUUGCGAAAAUCAAGAGUCGGGGUUGGAAUUGGGGAUGAAAAUGGCCCCGAGAAGGCGCAAUUACAUUCAGAUUGUAUCCCUCCCAAAACCCCCGAAGAGAUUGACGGGUCACCCAGAGGCCCAGUCGCAGAAUUGCCAGCUAUAGAAGCUGCUGUAGAGAUGCCAGGGAGUGUCAUCAACUCGUCCAGGGAGGGUGAUUGAGUUCGAGUGGUUCUGUAAUAAAUGUUUUUUUUGGGGGCUAUUGUAAUACUUAAGUUCAUGGCGAAUCAGUUUGCCCCAGGCCAUUCAGAUAUAGAUUCUGAAUUACCGAAUAGCUCGUGUCCUUCGACGUCUGAUUUAUGGGCAACGAAUCUAACUCGUGGUACUCCGUGGCCUCAAGUUCAUACAUCUCUUGCCAUGUUUCGAGCCAUUUUUUUCUAAGACUGGUGUUUAUUUCAUUCUGGGGUUGAAACCAAGACAUGCAAGACUUCUCCCAGGAGUAUCGACGGAUCCAAGCUCUGACGGUAUACUACUACAAUUACAAGUAGUAUUUCCUAUCGCGCCAGGAAGCAAAAGAGAUAAUAUCUUCAAGGAGGGCAAAGGUAUUUUGUUAAAAUUAGUGCAGCGACAACUAUAUGGUUCUCGGCAAGCAAUACUAAGGGACCAAUCAAAAC